GAUCAAACUCGGAUUGGUCUUUCUUAACGCAAUCUUGUCGCGAUUCAAAAACGAUUCUGGGUUUGUUAGUGAAUAGACAAGAAAAAAAUAUGGGAGCUCCGUUAGUGUGCCACGGGCAUUCUCGUCCCGUCGUCGAUGUGGCUUAUAGUCCGGUGACUCCAGAUGGGUUCUUCCUCAUUAGCGCCAGCAAAGAUUCGAAUCCGAUGUUGAGGAAUGGGGAGACUGGUGACUGGAUUGGAACUUUUGAAGGACAUAAGGGAGCAGUUUGGAGUUGCAGCCUUGAUAAAAAUGCUAUUCGUGCUGCCUCAGCUUCUGCAGAUUUCACUGCGAAAAUAUGGAAUGCAUUGACAGGAGAUGAAUUGCACUCCUUUGAACACAAGCACAUUGUUCGUGCAUGUGCCUUUUCUGAGGACACCCACCGUUUACUCACUGGUGGAAUGGAGAAAAUUCUUCGGAUAUUCGAUUUGAAUCGGCCAGACGCACCUCCAAAAGAAGUCGGAAAUUCCCCUGGUUCAAUUAGAACCGUUGAAUGGCUUCAUAGUGAUAAUACAAUCUUAAGCUCUUGCACAGAUACCGGUGACAUUAGGUUAUGGGACAUAAGAAGUGACAAGAUUGUUCAUACAUUAGAAACAAAAUCCCCAGUUACUAGUGCUGAAGUAAGUCAGGAUGGGCGAUACAUCACUACUGCUGAUGGAUCUAGUGUUAAGUUUUGGGACGCUAAAAAUUUUGGAUUGCUGAAGAGCUAUGACAUGCCUUGCAAUGUUGAAUCGGCAUCUUUGGAACCGAAACACGGCAACACUUUCAUUGCUGGAGGAGAAGAUAUGUGGGUGCAUAGGUUUGAUUUCCAGACUGGAGAGGAGAUUGGGUGUAACAAGGGUCACCAUGGGCCAGUGCACUGCGUUCGGUAUGCGCCAGGAGGGGAGUCGUACACGUCAGGCUCAGAAGACGGAACAGUCAGAAUAUGGGUGGUGGGUUCGGUAAACCAUCACGAGGAGAGCAAUCCAAGCGGUCACGUGAAGCUUGUGGCAGAGGAGCUUUCCUCCAUUUCGUGCUCAAUUCGCUUGCUUCUCCAGUCUCACUGUCAGAUCAGUGCCGGAGAUCUUGUCCGAGUAGAAGACAUGUUUGCUCUUUCCAAGGUUUUACGGAGAAGUCAGAGUCUCCGACUAGGAGCUUGCAAUGCUGUCUACUCUAAGCUAGAUAUACCAUUGGGAGAAAGAAACAGUGCUAUUGAAUCAAACGCUUUGAUUCAUGAUAAACACGAUGGUUUCCCUAGAUUUUACGAGCUCUCUUGGUCUUCCUCUACCGGAAGACGCUCACUUUCCUCUGACGCUGGAGCUAAAACAACCGGAGAUGAAGAUGACCUCGAAGACAAGAAUUUAGACAUUGCUACUCCAAACGAGACUAGUAGUAAUAGUGAAGAUGAUGAGGAGUUUUCCGGUGAUGAAGGUGACAUUGAAGGAGCAGAACUGGAACUACAUGUCCCGGCAAGCAAGAGACUAUCGGAGCUGUUUAAGGCCAUUGUUUCUGUCUCAGGUCUGUCUGUAGGGAGUGCUCUUGAUAAAUGGGUUGAACAAGGAAAGGAUACCAGCCGUACAGAGUUUGCAAGUGCAAUGCUGCAACUCCGUAAACGUCGGAUGUAUGGGAGAGCAUUGCAGAUGACAGAAUGGUUGGACGAAAAUAAGCAGUUUGAAAUGGAAGAGAGAGAUUAUGCUUCUCGGCUUGAUCUGAUUUCCAAGGUACGUGGCAUGUACAAGGGAGAAGCUUAUAUCGAAACAAUCCCGGAAUCUUUCAGAGGGGAAUUGGUCUACCGAACCCUCCUGUCGAAUUAUGUGGCAACUAGCAAUGUGAGGACAGCAGAAGCACUUUUCAACAAAAUGAAGGACUUGGAAUUCCCUCUGUCAACAUUUACCUGUAAUCAGAUGCUUAUUCUUUACAAGAGGGUCGACAAGAAGAAAAUAGCCGAUGUGUUAUUGCUGAUGGAGAAGGAAAAUCUGAAGCCGAAUCUUAACACAUACAAAAUCCUGAUUGAUACCAAAGGAUUAUCAAAUGACAUAACUGGGAUGGAACAAAUUGUGGAGACAAUGAAAAGUGAAGGUGUUGAGCUUGACCUUCGUGCACGAGCUCUCAUUGCAAGAAACUAUGCAUCAGCUGGGCUUAAAGAGAAGGCUGAGAAAGUGCUGAAAGAGAUGGAAGGUGAAAGCUUGGAGGAAAAUCGGCAUGUGUGCAAGGAUUUGCUUUCCGUCUAUGGCUUUCUCCAGCGGGCGGAUGAAGUGACCAGAAUUUGGAAGAUCUGUGAAGAAAAACCCCGUUAUAAAGAGUCCCUUGCUGCAAUCUUGGCUUUUGGAAAGAUCGAUAAAAUCAAAGAAGCAGAGGCGGUUUUUGAGCAGAUGUUGAAGAUGUCCCAUAGAGUUUCUUCUAAUGUUUACUCCGUUCUCUUGAGGGUUUACGUCGAUCACAAGAUGGUCUCAGAGGGUAAGGAUCUUGUUAAGCAGAUGUCGGACAGCGGUUGCAAUAUUGGGGCCUUAACAUGGGAUGCGGUGAUCAAGCUCUAUGUGGAAGCUGGGGAAGUAGAAAAGGCUGAGUCUUCACUGAGCAAGGCAAUACAGUCGAAACAGAUUAAACCGUUGAUGAGCUCCUUCAUGUACGUAAUGGGCGAGUAUGUGAGAAGGGGUGAUGUUCACAACACAGAGAAAAUCUUCCAGAGGAUGAAGCAAGCUGGCUAUCAAUCUCGCCUCAGGACGUACCAAGCCCUUAUCCAAGCUUAUGUCAAUGCCAAAGCUCCAGCUUAUGGAAUGAAGGAUAGAAUGAAAGCUGAUAACAUCUUCCCCAACAAAGGAUUAGCUGCUCAGCUCAUUAAAACCGAUCCCUUCAAGAAGACCCCUCUCUCCGAUCUCCUUGAUUGAGUUGAACUGCAGCUACAACAUCAUCCGCCUUGUGAAUCUUUGGUUUGAUUGAUCAACCUUUUAUCUAUGUUGGUAGAAACUUCAGUAGCUUAGUUUAAAUAAGUCCUCCUGAUAUAUAAACUCUGUUUGGUUGCUUCUGUGCCGGAUGGUAUGGUUUU